AUGGUGAAAAAGGUAAAAGGAAGAUUUGAAAGAUCGAUUGUUGUAGGUUCAAUUUCACAUUGGUUGGGAAAGAAAGCCGACGGACAUACACAUACACAUAAAUGGACUGCUUAUUUAAGAGGAUUGAAUAAUGAAGAUCUACCAUUCAUUAAAAAGGUUGUCUUUCAUUUACAUGCAAGUUUCAAGAAUCCAAAUAGAACUGUCGAAGUACCGCCAUAUGAAAUGAGUGAAACUGGAUGGGGAGAGUUUGAUCUAGGAGUAACGAUAUACUUUACGGAUCCAAAUGAAAAGCCACUUGACCUAUUCCACCUUCUUCGAUUACAUCCUCCCGAUGGUAUUAAAACAAAACAACCAGUUGUAUCAGAGACACUCGAUGUAGUUGUCUUUCACGAUCCAACAGAAGCAUUCUACAAUCUAGUUAAACUACCAGAUAAAAGACCAGAAUCAAAUGCUUCUAAAAAAUUAACUGAACAAUCAUUAACAUUACAAGAACAAACAGAGAUUAAUAAAAUAGUGGAUGGAAGAACUAAAGUAUUGGCAGACAUUGCUAAAUAUCGAGAUUCAUGUAAACAAACAGAAGGAGAGGUAAAUACAACGCUUCAAGCAAUACAACAACUAGAGAAACAAAAGAUACUUUAUAAAAAGAAAUUGGAAAAGUAUCAAAAACAACAACAACAACAACAACAACAACAGUCAAUUGUAAAUAAUAGUAGUGAAACUGCGAAUAAUAAUAUAACCUCUACAUCCACACCUGCCUCCACCUCUACUACAAUGGACAUAGAUAAAUAA